UUAUAUCAUUUACUUUGCAAAAAUGUCUUUAUUUAAAACAUCAAUUGUUUUGGUUUCACUAUUAUUUGUGUGCAUAGAAGCGCACUUACGUGAUAAGGCUAAACAAAAAUAUAUUGGGACAGCACUGGCAGCACAUGCACUGUCCGAUCCAGAGUACAAUCAGAUGGCGGGCGCAGAGUUUAAUAGUGCGUCGCCUGAAAAUGAGAUGAAAUGGGCGGCACUGGAGACCAGUCGCGGACACUAUAACUUUGGUGACGCCGACAAACUUGUCGCUUACGCACAACAACACGACAUGAAAAUGCGUGGACACACCUUCUUAUGGCACCGGAGGAUACCGGCCUAUGCAGAGGCACUUCAUGGAAAUAAAGCAGAACUCGAGAAAGUAGUCAAAGAGCACAUCACAAAAGUUGCCACACAUUUCAAGGGUAAGAUAUAUGCCUGGGAUGUGGUUAAUGAAGUGCUCAACGAAGACGGAUCGGGCAAUAAGUUGAGGAAAGGCCUAUUUUUGGAUACAUUGGGUCCGAGCUAUGUUGAGGAGGCUUUCCGUACGGCACACGCAGCUGAUCCAAACGCCAAACUCUAUAUCAAUGAUUACGGUAUUGAAGGCAAAAACAAAAAGAGUGAUGCCUUGUAUGAGUUGGUAAAAGAGUGGAAAGCAAAAGGUGUGCCCAUACAUGGUGUGGGAGUUCAGGCCCACUUCAGAGAGGGUGGCGUUGCCUCCACAUUACACGAAAAUUUGAAACGAUUUGCUGAUUUAGGCUUAGAUGUAGCCAUAACUGAGCUGAAUAUAAGAUAUAAGCUACCAGGGUCGGCAGAUAAAAAGGCUAAACAAGCACAAGACUAUGAAAAGGCAUUCUCCGCCUGUAAAACCAUUCCUCGAUGUGUUGGCGUUACGGUCUGGGGAUUCACUGAUAAAUACUCAAAUAUAUUUGAUAAAGGCUAUGGGGAACAGGAGCUCUGGGAUCAACAUUAUAAACCUAAGAGUGCUGUGAAUGCGGUUGAAAAAGAACUCAUAUAAAAAAUAGAUGA